CAACAUCCCAUGCGCCCGCCCGCCGUCCUCGCACUCGAGGGAAACCCGUUGACAUGGCAGCCGCAAAAGUCUUCAUCGUCACCGGCGCCAGCAAAGGCAUUGGCGCCGCCAUCGCAUCCUACCUCCUUGGGCAGUCUCACAAGGUCGUCUUGGCCGCCCGCUCCGGCGACCUGCUCGAGUCGGUCAAAAAGUCACAUCCCAGCCAGGUGGAAUACAUUGCCGGCGACAUGACCAGUUCAGACAUGGCGGGCAACCUGACCAACCUUGCAGUCAAGGCAUUUGGCCGGCUCGAUGGGAUCGUCAUCAAUCACGGCAUCUUGGAGGCACAGACAAUUGACAAGUCAGCAAUCGAGACGUGGAAGCGCGUCUACGACAUCAACGUCUUUAGCUGCCUUGCCAUGGCAAAGGCGGGCAUCCCCGAGCUGCGCAAGACCAAGGGUUGCGUUGUGUGGCUGUCAUCUGGAGCCGCCAACAAGCCGUACAACGCAUGGGCAGCGUACGGCUCCUCCAAGGCUGCGGUGCAGUCCAUCUCGACACACCUCGCCGUAGAGGAGCCAGACAUCACCAGUGUCACCGUGGCCCCAGGUAGGGUCAACACCGACAUGCAGGCGGCGGUGAGAGCUUCGGGCAAAGAUACCAUGAACAAGGCUCAGUAUGACACCUUCGUCGACGCGUUCGAACAGGGCCAAUUGCUGGAGCCGGAGCAACCUGGGCACGUCAUCGCCAAGUUUGUUGCAAACCCCAAUGCCGGGCUUUCGGGGCGAUGUCUCAACUGGAAUUCGCCCGAGCUGGAAUCUUACCAGAGGUAGCAUACGUUCCUAUGACUCGAGUGGACGUUAGCACAUGUCCAUCAACCAGAACAGGCAUCAACAAUAGAGUACACAACGCUUGCAGUCAGUCGAAAGAUGAAAAGCUCUUAAUAUACUCCACAUGGGUGCUUCAGUAUUAGCAUGGAAUAUAAGUUUCUUCAUCACGCAAGCCAUAGGUACACAUGAACUGUGCAGAACCGCAAAAUAAAAUGUUCCUUACCUCGGAGGCAUGGAAGCAGAAGCGGAGCGCAGCGGCAGGUCCUGUCAUGCAGCACUUGGGCAGUCAGUACGACGUGGUCCUCCGAGCGCUGCUGCGGCAAUUGUCGUUAAUGAAUUCGCUCAGGCUAUCGAAUUGUCUCCGUCAUGUAUGAUCGGUAUUUGAU